AUGGAGAAGAGUGCUGAGGAGCUGAACCUCUCGUUCCUGCUGGAGCAUGAGAGAGAGAUUAUCCUCAGUGUCCUGCAGAAGGACGAGAAACUGAGGAAGCGAGAGGAGAAGAGGAUACGGUGAGGGCAGAAUAAGUCUUUAUCAUUAUGUACUCAUACAUCUACUACUACACCUUCUUUGAUGAAGAUGUUUGUCAGUGGCGAUUUUAGCAUGUCAAUCUUGGUGGAGCAAACAAAAAAUACAGGAAACGUUGAGCGGAUAAGAGGCAAUCCGUAAUUCCGAUUAAGACAUUAAUGAGCGAGCUAAGACGGACGUAGUCAAUAUAACUAUUUGUUCAGCACUUUUGAAAUGUACAGUGACAGAAUUCAGAACAUGGGCUGUUCUUACAGUAUUCUCCCUGUACACCAAGUCAGAACCGUAGGAUAAAUAAAGGGGGCACAUAAGCAGACAAUGAAAGCUCUUACAAUAUUCAAUGAUUACAUUUCUCUAAAACAGGCUAUAGGCUACAUGUGCACCACCAAGUCAGAACAGUGGGCUACUAACUGCUUACUACACAACAUACACUUAGUAUUACUUUCUUAGCUACAGUUUAAAUAUCUCCCUGACAUAUUACAUCAUUUAUACAGCAGCAUACAAUUCCUUUUUGGACUCACCUUGUUGUGCUGUGCUCACUUGAACAGGAAGGUGACGUGACGGUCCUUGUGGGAAAAGUUUGUCAUCAAACUUUGUCAUCAAAGUCUGGCAUUCUCUGGAUUUAUGGUGCUUUGAAGACAACUGGGAACUCUGAAAAAAACAAGGAUGAAUCAUGACGUCAGUGAUCUUCAGGUCGGCACUCUAGAAGCCUCUCGAGUGGCGCAGCAGUCUAAGGCACUGCAUCUCAGUGCUUGAGGCGUCACUACAGACUCCCUGGUUUGAUUCCAGGCUGUAUCACAACUGGCCGUGAUUGGGAGUCCCGUAGGGCGGUGCACAAUUGGCCCAGUGUCGUCUGGGUUUGGCCGGUGUAGGCCGGCAUUGUAAAUAAGAAUUUGUUCUUAACUGACUUGCCUAGUUAAAUAAAGGUAAAAAAAAAAAGAGGCCAGAGUUCCCGACUUGGAUGACCGUUCAAAACAUAUUUUCCCAUUCGGAACUCAUUUCCAGUUGUCUUGAACUCACUGAAGUCUGAGCUUUCCCAGUUCCGAGUUUCCAGUUGUUUUGAAAGCGGCAGAAGUCGUGCUGGAUUGACAGGAUAGCCAAUGUAUUCAACCUUUUCUGGCUCAUGGUGUUGCAUGUGAAUGUUUAUCCUUUUAAGCUUGGAAAAGAGACCCUUAAACCCAGACUUGGACCACGCACCCUCUCCACUGAAUAGCAGGCUAGUGAUUGCUUUGCAACGCUUGCAGUUAGCCACUGAUUCCUUCCAAACCACUCAUUGUUGAAUUUGCGAUUUCCAACUUUUCAUGUCCAAUGGCCAAUGAGCAUGAUACGUUUUAUCUAUAAUUUCUCUUCAUGUGACAAGGAUUGAAAAGGAUUUGCCAGUAGAUUGUCGACUUGAUUCAUGAUGAUGACUGCUUGACUAGCUUGCUAGCUAAGAUUUUGAAAGUAUAAUGUUGACAUGAUCAGUCCAAUCAAAGCUACGGUAAAUAUAACAUGAUUUGACAUCUUGUUAUCUGUGGCCAAUAACCUUGAGCCUUCUUGGAUGGAUACUUCUAAUGUAAAUAUAUGGCAUCACCCAGGGCGCUUGAAUUUUCGAGCUCUCCCUGUAGAUUUUGCAGUGAUGUAGCGUUUAGCUAAACAGGUGGGGCUCAAAACAGGUGAGGCUCUGCCCCACCUGCCCUGAAUGACGGUUGCCACUGAUGUUGAUGAUGAUUUUUUUGUUGUAAUCAUCAUCAUUAUUCGUACCUCUACAAUCACAAUACGACCACAUCAUCACAACUACUACAAUCAUGGUCAUAAUCAUUAGUGACAAUGACAAACUUAAUAAGUGUUCUUCCUUUGUUUCUCCCUGUUGUAGGAAGCUGAAGAAUGAGCUGGUGGAGAUCAGGCGUAAGGGUUUGCGACGCCCCCAGGAGGUUGGGGAGCGUCAAUGCGCCCGCUGCCUGAAGGGCCUGGGCCUGAUCUUCGACCGCGGGGAGCUCUGUGAGGAGUGCCUACAGCGCGUCUGCAGCGACUGCCGCGUGAUGCCCCCUGAAGGAAAGCAGUGGAAGUGCUCCAUCUGCGCCAAAGUCUCGUGAGUCUUGGCAAAGGCAUCAGGUCAUGGUUUAGCACCAGUAACCGUUCUGUGUGUGUAUGUGUGUAUGUAUUUUUUUAAUGAAUGACAGAUGCUUCCUAUUUAUUUUCAAUCACUCUGCAUUUAUCUUCAUUUGCUCUGUGACAUCCUUUUCAGGGCGUUUUGACAUCACCUUUAGAGACAGUUAAAGCCAGGGUUAAAGUUGGGAGGUCAGUGAAUUGUACAGGGGUCAGAGGUCAGGGGACUCUGUCUGAUGGUGUCUCUGAUUGACAGAGAGCUGAAGGUGGUGACCGGGGAGUGGUUCCUGGAGGAGCGGUCCAAACGGUUUGACCAGGGGGCGGUGCUCAGCAGUGAUGUUAUCAAACAGUCUAUCAUGAGCAGCCCCGCUGGAAGCCCCCACAGGAAGUCCCCAGCGCCAGGCGACACAGUCCACACACCUGAGAGGCCUGACAAGUCCAAAUCAGGAAGAAGCGCCGUAAGGAACCUGGUGGAUGGUGCCAAGAGGAAAGGGAAAGGGUGAGAAACACACACAGGUACUGUAUGUACACACACAGGGUUGAGCUGGAUUACUUCAACAUAUAAUCAGUUGGAAAUUACAGAUUGGCAAUUUACAAUUUAAUCAAUGACACAGGAGAAGAUCACUGCACAGAGUUAAUAUGAUGACUAGUCUACUACACAGGCAGGUGGAGAAUGGGCCAUCAUCAGAGAAUGUGUUUCCCAUUGCAUUCUGACUGGUUGGGUUAGUAGGCUUCCAGGACACACCUGGCCCACUGGCCACUCAACACACAGUUUUCUGGACUCCAAUGAGACAAAGAUUUAUCACAUUAUCAUAUUGAUAUUUGAUUAAGUAAUCCAAAAUGUAAUCAGCAUCUGGCCUGAUUACAGCUACUUAAUUUGUGUAAUCUGAUUACUUAAUGUAAUCAUUUACGUAAUGUAAUCAAUUACUACAGUCUUAGAAUAAAAGGUGCUAUCUAGAACCUAAAAGGGUUCUUUGGCUGUUCCCAUAUAGGAGAACCAAAAAUAGUUCUACCUGGAACCAAAAAGUGUUAUCCUAUGGGGACAGCCAAAGAACCCUUUUGGAACCCUUUUUUCUAAGAGUGUACCCAACCCUGCAACACACACGCGUACACACAGACACACACACACAAAUGCACACGCACACACACUGACGUAUCACACACACACCACAGGCUGAUUUGUAAAAUUAUCAGCUGUGUGUUGAAUCCCAGGAUGCGGAUGGAAAAGAGGGGCAGCUGUCCCAGCCUGAAGCCAGAAAACGAGGUGGACGGUGGGAGUGUGUUUCCUUCUGUCCCCAACACAGACACAUACAGUGUACACAGCGCCCGGUCCGCACCACGCUCCACAACCUGCUCUGCACCUCACUCACACAGGUGAGGCCAAACCACCAAACCACACCCAUACAAGUAAAAACAUUUUUUUAAAGGUUUUAUUGUCACAUACACCGUGGGCACAUCUCCAUUGUCUAUAGUGGCUUAUUGACUUAAUCUCCUUCAUUUACACUCAUUUGAAGUUACAGGAUAGGUGAAAGCAGCACAUCUGUUUUAGGCAAUAACUAAAGCUGUAGAGAUUGGGUGUGACGAGAAGAUGAUUGAUGACCAGUGGUUAAAUUGAAAGUACUAACCCUAAACCUAGAAUGGUAAUUCAAUCGAGUACAGGCUUAACUGAAUGAACAACAAAGAUGGAAUGCAAUAUUACAUUUAAAUAGUUUGGGGAAUGGCCUUGUCUCCGAGGGAAGAUCCUCUGAGCCAGAUAAUGUGAUGGCAGGUAGUUGACAUAUAAAUACAUCCAAAGAUUUACGCCCAUUGGUGAAUAUGGUGUAAUUGCAGAACACAAUUCGGGGUGUUUCUUGAUGUGGGUGUUCCCUGAUAUCAGGAAACGCCAAUUGAUACCUGUCAAUGGUCAGUUCCGAUAUCAUGAGACUGAUGGUUUCUCGACACAGAUGAAUUGUUUACAUAGCAGGUUAGGAUAACUAACGUGACAGGUUAGGAUAAUUAACACAGCAGGUUAGGUGAAUUAGCGUCGCAGGUUAGGAAAUUUAGGUUAAUGUUAGGAAAAGGGUUAGGGUUAGCUACAAUGCUACAGUUGUCUACAACUGUUGUCCCCGACACGAAAGAAACAGCCACAGACCAAUGGCGAGCAUCAAUGGGUGUAGCUUGAUAUCAAGAAACGCCUAUAUCAGAAAAUGCCCCUAAUUGCGCUCUGAAUUACACCCUUCUCCCAUUGGUUGAGAGAGAGGAAGGUGAUAAUUGCAAGAGUGAGCCCAUAGGUUGAACAGCAAUCAUGAGGAAUGUGCAUUAUUGUGCAGUGCUUAUAGGCUAUAUAAUACAUUUGUCUCCAUUCCCACUAUACCUGUAUAAUAGGAAACAAAGUUAAUUAUGUUAUGCUGACUGGAUGAAGUUAAACGAGCAUUCAGACCAGCCUUCCUGUUUGAACUUUUGUAAACUACAUUACAUUGUAAUUACAUCAAUAAGCCUUAAUCCUAACCCCAACCCUAACUCUAACCCUAGAAUGGUAAUACAUUGUACUUACAGCAGUAACCCUAGCCAUAAGCCAAACCCAAACCGUUGCUUCAUGUCAACACCCUGAUCCAACCCUGACCCUGAUCAUCAGAAUCUCAAAUGUGUUAUUCCAGUGUGUAUGAUGUGUAAUGUGAUGGUUUGUAUUCUGUGUUGUCCUCAGGGGUAGUACUGUGUAAUGUGAUGGUGUGUAUUCUGUCUUGUCCUCAGGGGUAGUGCUGUGGUUCUGGAGACCUCAGGGUUCCCUACUGUACCCAACAACCUACGCUCCCAAACCCCGGAGAGGGACAGGUUCCCUACACCCAGCAGCAAGAGCAGGAGGGUCAGGGUCAGCUACCCAACAGACACACACACACACAUAUUUUCAUGCACUCAUAAACACACACACACACACUCAUAGAAUGUGUGAUUUUUAACAUACCUCUGUCUGUGUGUGUGUGUAUGUGUGUGCAGCCGGAGGGAGCGGAGAGCGUGGCUAGUUUCCGCUCCAGUGACAGCGUAUUUGACAAGAUGUCCGACACUGUCCCCGGGCAAGGCAGGACAGAGUCUGGCACCACCACCCCCACCAUCGCUGUCUCCAGGGCCUCUGUGUCAUCAGGUAUCGUCAUGACAACACACUCCUCACACCUCCACCAUGUGUGUAUGUGAACACCAAAUUCACUUGUUUACUGAGUUUGAAUCUGACAGGGGAGCAUGAAGAAGAUGAAGAUGAAGCAUUUAAUGUCAUGGUUUUUAUGGAGGUGUGUCAGAAGGUUAGGAAGUGUUCUAUUAGAUUGGGAGCAAUGGAGCCUGGUCCUUCGAUCGUCAGGGAGAGUUGUAGCACCUUGUAAAGGAUGGAGUUUACGCAUUAAACUAUCACUAACACUGCCAAGGGCAUAAGUCAUUACAGCUCCUAUGUUGCUCUCACCCUCUGCCUCUCUCUCUCUCCUCUUUCUUUCUUUCUUUCUUUCUUUCUUUCUUUCUUUCUUUCUUUCUUUCUUUCUUUCUUUCUUUCUUUCUUUCUUUCUUUCUUUCUUUCUUUCUUUCUCACUCUCUCUCGAUUGCUCUCUUACACUCACACCCACUCUCCUCUUCUUGUUUCUCAUUGUCUCCCUCCCUACAUUUCCUCUCUCCUCCCUUUCUCUCUUUGCCCUUUUCUCUACUCAGACACCUUUCUCAUCUCACCCAGUAACAGCUGGCUGUUGUAGCAGCAUAUGGCGCUCUGUCACAUGUUAGCAUUUCAUAACAACUCUAAUUAAUGUCAUUAGGCAUGGCUGUGAAAGUACUGAGGAGAACUGUCUGUAUGUGUGGCUGUGGGAAGGUAAUACCUUGUCACUCCCUCCUCUCAUCUCUCUCUCACUUUCCAUCUCUCUCUUGCUCUCUCUCUCUCUCUCUCUAGAUCGUAGUCGUUCUGAGGUGGACCUGUCUGUUCCUGGUUCUGCAAGUGAUGAGGCCCUCAGUCUGAGGAGCCGCUCUGUCCCUGGGCUCAAUGACACGGUACACACACACACACAAGGCUCCCAUCUUUUGUGUCCAUCUCUAAGGCAAUAUAAUCACACAGCAAAUUGUCCAGUGUUACAUAGUGUUGAUUUUUCAGUGUAACAUUUCUAGUGUUGAUUCAGGUGUUAAAUUAACUCUGUAAGUGUUAAAUUAACACUCAUUGGUUUAACAUAACCCCAGUGUUGGUGUUAAAGUGGAACUGACAGCAUUUUAGCAAGGUGGUAAGGGUAGGCAACAACACGUCUGCCACGCUGAUCCUCAACACUGGGGCCCCUCAGGGGUGCGUGCUUAGUCCCCUCCUGUACUCCCUGUUCACCCACGACUGCGUGCCCAAACACGACUACAACACCAUCAUUAAGUAUGCUGACGACACAACAGCCUGACCACCGACAACGAUGAGACAGCAUAUAGGGAGGAGGUCAGAGACCUGGCAGUGUGGUGCCAGGAUAACAACCUCUCCCUCAAUGUGAGCAAGACAAAGAAGCUGAUCGUGGACUACAGGAAAAGGCGGGCGGAACAGGCCCCCAUUAACAUCGACGGGGCUGUAGUGGAGCGGGUCGAGAGUUUCAAGUUCCUUGGUUUCCACAUCACCAACUAACUAUCAUGGUCUAAACACACCAAGACAGUCGUGAAGAGGGCACGACAACACCUUUUCCCCCUCAGGAGACUGAAAAGAUUUGGCAUGGGUCGCCAGAUCCUUCAAAAGUUCUACAGCUGCACCAUCGAGAGCAUCCUGACCGGUUGCAUCACCGCCUGGUAUGGCAACUGCUCGGCAUCUGACCGUAAGGCGCUACAGAGGGUAGUGCGUACGGCCCAGUAUAUCACUGGGGCCAAGCUUCCUGCCAUCCAGGACCUAUAUACUAGGCGGUGUCAGAGGAAAGCCCAAAACAUUGUCAAAGACUCCAGUCACCCAAGUCAUAGACUGUUCUCUCUGCUACUGCACGGCAGCUUCUACCCCCAAGCCAAUAGACUGCUGAACAAUUAAUCAAAUGGACCGUGGAUUGUCCCGGGCUUGUGACUGUCUAGAUCCCUACUGUUUGUUGCUGUUUUCAAUUUUCAAAUUUUUUUGCGACCUGCCCUCUCUGGAAUUGCGGGGAGUAACAGCGUAGCCUACAUUGCUACCAUGACAAAGACCAAAGCCGGUGGGAGUACCGUUGAAGACAGUGGUGUCUCUCUAUAACAGAUGAAGGAUCUUUUAAAUGAACAAAAAUAGUUCUACAAGCAGUUGUUACAACAACAAGAAAAAAGCUUCAAGUGUUGUGUCCAAAUACUGGUGAAGUCAACUAAUAAAAGAAUGGACGACCUGACCAGAGAGGUCCAGGACCUGAAGAACAGUUUGCAGUUCUCACAGGGUCAACUCAAUGAGUUUAAACAGCAAAACAGCAAGAUGACAACAAUCUGUAAAUCAUUAAGAGAGGGGACAUCAGUUCUGUAUGUGAAUCCAUGAUAACAAUGACAGAGAAAUCUGAUUAUCAAGGGACAAUCAAGGCGGAUCAACAUUGUUGUAGACGGAAUUGCAGAAUCUUCACAUGAGACCUGGACGGAGUCUGAGGACAAAGUGAGGGAAAUGAUCUCGGGAUGGACCACAGGAAGAUUGAGUUGGAGCGCUCCCACAGGACUGGAAAACCCACCACCGGCCCAGGUGACAGGCCCAGGCUGAAAGUCGUCAAGUUCCUGAGGUUCAAGGACAGGUAGCGGUUCUUGAAAUAGCCAAGAACUUGAGGGGAACGCACAUCUUCCUCAACAACGACUAUCCUGAGGCUGUGCGCAAGAAGAGAAAAAAACUUAUCCCGGCCAUGAAAGCUGCCAGAGCGUGUGGGGACAUUGCUUACAUCUGAUAUGACAGGCUUAUUGUCCACCCUCCCUCCCAAAAGCCUAGAAGGGAUGAGAGAGCCGGGCCUAUGGGUUCGUAGCUUUAACCCCGCAACACACACACUUACACACACCAAAUAAUUAAUGGACUGCUAAAUGUAUGUUGGUUUUUUUCUCUUGCUUUGUUUGUUCUUUUCUCUGAGAAGCUUCCCGGGAAAGGGCUGAAAAUAGCCCAUAUUAAUAUAUGUAACCUUAGAAAUAAGGUUAAUGAAAUCAAUAACUUGCUAACAUUAGAUAACAUUCAUAUAUUAGCCAUUUCUGAGGCUCACUUAGAUAAUUCCUUUGAUGAUACAGCAGUAGCAAUACAAGGAUAUAACAUCUAUAGAAGAGAAAGGAAUGCUUAUGGGGGAGGUGUUGCUAUGUAUAUUCAGAGCCAUAUCCCAGUGAUCACAAUAUAGUGCCUAUAUCUAGGAGAACCAAGGUUCCAACAGCUGGGCCUAAAAUAGUGUAUAAGAGAUCAUACAAAAGUUUUUGCUGUGACUCUUAUGUGGAUGAUUUAAAAAAUAUGUUUUGGUCUGAUGUGACUAAUAAUGAGCAUCCAGACACUGCACUCCAUGGAUUGAUGAGGAAUUGAAAAACUGUAUGGUUGAAAGAGAUGGGGCAAAAGGAGUGGCUAAUAAAUCUGGCUGCACAUCUGACUGGCUGACUUACUGCAAAUGGAGAAAUUAUGUGACUAAACUUAACAAAAAGAAGAAGAAACUGUAUUAUGAAGCCAAGAUCAAUGAUAUAAAGAAUGAUGGAAAAAAACUUUGCCGUACUUUAAGUUAAAUUAUGGGCAGAAAGACAAAUUCAACUACAUCUUUCAGCGAAUCAGAUGGCUUAUUUAUUACAAAACCUUUUGAUGUUGCCAAUUAUUUUAAUGAUUUCUUCAUUGGCAAAGUGGGCAAAUUUAAGCAGAAAAUGCCAACAACGAACAGUGAGCCAUCGUAUUCAUGAAUUUAAAAAAACUAAUAGUGAAAGAAAAGCAUUGUAAGUUUGAAUUUUGUCAAGUUAGUGUGGGACAAGUGGAAAGAUUAUUGUUAUCGAUCAAUAAUGACAAACCUCCUGGCAUUGACAACUUGGAAGGCUACUGAGAAUGGUAGCUGACUCUAUGGCCACUCCUAUCUGUCAUAUCUUUAAUCUCAGUCUAGAGGAAGAUGUGUGUCCUCAGGCCAGGAGGGGAGCCAAAGUCAUUCCGCCCAAGAGUGGUAAAGCGGCCUUUACUGGUUCUAUCAGCAGACCAAUCAGCUUGCUGCCAGCUCUUAGCAAACUGUUGAAAAAAAUGGUGUUUGACCAAAUACAAUGCUAUUUCUCUGUAAACAAAUUGACAACAGACUUUCAGCAUGCUUAUAGAGAAGGGCACUGAACAUGUACUACAUGUAGCUCAAUUGGUAGAGCAUGGCGCUUGUAAUGCCAGGGUAGUGGGUUCGAUCCCCGGGACCACCCAUACGUAAAAAUGUAUGCACACAUGACUGUAAGUCGCUUUGGAUAAAAGCGUCUGCUAAAUGGCAUAUUAUUAUUAUUAUUACACUGACACAAAUGACUGAUGAUUGGUUGAAAUAAAUUGAUAAUAAGAAUAUUGUGGGAGCUGUACUGUUAGAUUUCAGUGCAGCCUUUGAUAUUAUUGACCAUAACCUGUUGUUGAGAAAAUUUAUGUUUUAUGGCUUUUCAACCUCAGAUUCAGAGCUACACUAUAUAUACAAACGCUGGAAAAUAGUAAAUAGGCAUUUCAAUGUAAUAGAUUUAGCCGGUGGUAGCUUGUGGAAUAGACACCGGCUGGAAUGCGGUUUUAACCAAUCAGCAUCCAGGAUUAGACCCACCCGUUGUAUAAUGAGGAUUAUAAACUGGGUGGUUCGAGCCCUGAAUGCUGAUUGGCUGACAGCCUUGGUACACUAUAUAUACAAAAGAAUGUGGACACCACUUCAAAUUAGUGGAUUCGGCUGACAGGUGUAUAAAAUCGAGCGCACAGCCAUGCAAUUUCCAUAGACAAACAUUGGCAGUAGAAUGGAUAUUACUGAAGAGCUCAGUGACUUUCAAAGUGGCACCGACAUAGGAUGCCACCUUUCUAACAAGUCAGUUCGUCAAAUUUCUGCCCUGCUAGAGCUGCCCCAGUCAACUGUAAGUGCUGCUAUUGUGAAGUGGAAACAUCUAGGAGCAACAACAGCUCAGCCGCGAAGUGGUAGGCGAUACAAGCUCACAGAACGGGACCGCCGAGUCCUGAAGCGUCUAGUGCGGAAAAGUUGUCUGUCCUCGGUUGCAACACUCACUACUGAGUUCCAAACUGCCUCUGGAAGCAAAGUCAGCACAAGAACUGUUCGUUGGGAGCUUCAUGAAAUGGAUUUCCAUGGCCAGGCAGCCGCACACAAGCCUAAGAUCACCAUGCACAAUGCCAAUCGUCGGCUGGAGUGGUGUAAAGCUCGCCGCCAUUGAACUCUGGAGCAGUGGAAACGAGUUCUCUGGAGUGAUGAAUCACUCUUCACCAUCUGGCACUCAGACGGACGAAUCUGGGUUUGGCGGAUGCCAGGAGAACGCUACCUGCCCGAAUGCAUAGUGCCAACUGUAAAGUUAGGUGGAGGAGGAAUAAUGGUCUGGGACUGUUUUUCAUGGUUCGGGCUAGGCCCCUUAGUUCCAGUGAAGGGAAAUCUUCAUGCUACAGCAAACAAUGACAUUCUAGACGAUUCUGUGCUUCCAACUUUGUGGCAACAGUUUGGGAACGGCCCUUUCCUGUUUCAACAUGACAAUGCCCCCGUGCACAAAGCGAGGUCCAUACAGAAAUGGUUUGUCGAGAUCGGUGUUGAAGAACUUGACUGGCCUGCACAGAGCCCUGACCUCAACCCCACCGAACACCUUUGGGAAUAAAUGGAACUCCGACUGCGAGCCAGGACUAAUCGCCCAACAUCAGUGCCCGACCUCAUUAAUGGCUGAAUGGAAGUCCCCGCAGCAAAACAAAUCAAAUUGUAUGAGCCGAAUAUAACAGGUGUAGACCUUUAAAAAUAAGAAAUUAAAGUAACAAAUAAUUAAAGAGUAGCAGUAAAAUAACAAUAGUAAAAUAACAAUAGAGAGGCUAUAUACAGGGGGUACCGGCACAGACUCAAUGUGCGGGGGCACCGGUUAGUUGAGGUAAUUGAGGCAAUGCAAAUAGUGUGGGUAGCCAUGUGAUUAGAUGUUCAGGAGUCUUAUAGCUUGGGGUUAGAAGCUGUUUAGAAGCCUCUUGGACCUAGACUUGGUGCUCCGGUACCGCUUGCCGUGCGGUAGCAGAGAGAACAGUCUAUGACUAGGGUGGCUGGAGUCUUUGACAAUUUUUAGGGCCUUCCUCUGACACCGCCUGGUAUAGAGGUCCUGGAUGGCAGGAAGCUUGGCCCCAGUGAUGUACUGGGCCGUACGCACUACCCUCUGUAGUGCCUUGCGGUCGGAGGCCGAGCAGUUGCCAUACCAGGCGGUGAUGCAACCAGUCAGGAUGCUCUCGAUGUUGCAGCUAUAGAACCUUUUGAGGCUCUGAGGACCCAUGCCAAAUCUUUUCAGUCUCCUGAGGGGGAAUAGGUUUUGUCGUGCCCUCUUCACGACUGUCUUGGUGUGCUUGGACCAUGUUAGUUUGUUGGUGAUGUGGACACCAAGGAACUUGAAGAUCUCAACCUGCUCCACUACAGCCCCGUCGAUGAGAAUGGGGGCAUGCUCGGUCCUCUUCUUUUUCCUGUAGUCCACAAUGAUCUCCUUUGUCUUGAUCACGUUGAGGGAGAGGUUCUUGUCCUGGCACCACACUGCCAGGUCUCUGACCUCCUCCCUAUAGGCUGUCUCGUCGUUGUCGGUGAUCAGGCCUACCACUGUUGUGUCAUCGGCAAACUUAAUGAUGGUGUUGGAGUCGUGCCUUGCCAUGCAGUCAUAAGUGAACAGGGAGUACAGGAGGGGACUGAGCACGCACCCCUGAGGGGCCCCCGUGUUGAGGAUCAACAUGGCGGAUGUGUUGUUACCUACCCUUACCACCUGGGGGCAGCCCAUCAGGAAGUCCAGGAUCCAGUUGCAGAGGGAGGUAUUUAGUCCUUUAGCUUGCUGAUGAACUUUGAGGGCACUAUGGUGUUGAACGCUGAUGUGUAGUCAAUGAAUAGCAUUCUCACAUAGGUGUUCCUUUUGUCCAGUUGUGAAAUGGCAGUGUGGAAUGCAAUAGAGAUUGCAUCAUCUGUGGGUCUGUUGGGGCGGUAUGCAAAUUGGAGUGGGUCUAGGAUUUCUGGGAUAAUGGUGUUGAUGUGAGCCAUGACUUUCAAAGCACUUCAUGGCUAUAGACGUGAGUGCUACGGGUCGCUAGUCAUUUAGGCAGGUUACCUUUGUAUUCUUGGGCACAGGGACUAUGGUGGUCUGCUUGAAACAUGUUGGUAUUACAGACUCAGACAGGGAGAGGUUGAAAAUGUCAGUGAAGACACUUGCCAGUUGGUCAGCGCAUGCUCGGAGUACACGUCCAGGUAAUCUGCCUAGCCCUGCGGCCUUGUGAAUGUUCAGCUGUUUAAAGGUCUUACUCACAUCGCCUAUGGAGAGCGUGAUCACACAGUGGUCCGGAACAGCUGAUGCUCUCAUGCAUGUUUCAGCGUUACUUGCCUCGAAGCGAGCAUAGAAGUAACUUAGCUUGUCUGGUAGGCUCGUGCCACUGGGCAGCUCGAGGCUGUGCUUCCCUUUGUAGUCUGUAAUAGUUUGCAAGCCCUGCCACACUGCCAACGAGCGUCAGAUCCGGUGUAGUACGAUUCGAUCUUAGUCCUGUAUUGACGCUUUGCCUGUUUGAUGGUUCGUGGGAGGGCAAAGCUUCCGGAUUAGAGUCCCGCUCCUUGAAAGUGGCAGCUCUACCAUUUAGCUCAGUGCGGAUGUUGCCUGUAAUCCAUGGCUUCUGGUUGGGGUAUGUACGUACAGUCACUGUGGCAACGACAUCAUCGAUGCACUUAUUGAUGAAGCCAGUGACUGAUGUGGUGUACUCCUCAAUGCCAUCGGAAGAAUCCCAGAACAUAUUCCAGUCUGUGCUAGCAAAACAGUCCUGUAGCUUAGCAUCUGCAUCAUCUGACCACUUUUUUAUUGACCAAGUCACUGGUGCUUCCUGCUUUAGUUUUUGCUUGUAAGCAGGUAUCAGGAGGAUAGAAUUAUGGUCAGAUUUGCCAAAUGGAGGGCGAGGGAGCGCUUUUUACGCGUCUCUGUGUGUGGAGUAAAGGUGGUCUAGAGUUUUUUCCGCUCUGGUUGCACAUUUAACAUGCUGGUAGAAAUUAGGUAAAACGGAUUUAAGUUUCCCUGCAUUAAAGUCCCCGGCCACUAGGAGCGCCGCCUCUGGAUGAUCGUUUUCCUUUUUGCUUAUGGCCGUAUACAGCUCAUUGAGUGCGGUCUUAGUGCCAGCAUCGGUUUGUGGUGGUAAAUAGACAGCUAUGAAGAAUAUAGAUGAAAACUCUCUUGGUAGAUAGUGUGGUCUACAGCUUAUCAUGAGAUACUCUACCUCAGGCGAGGUAAUGUUCCAACACCUAGUGGAAAGCCUGUUAUAUCAGCAAAAGGGGGACCAUCUCCAUAUUAAUGCCCAUGAUUUUGGUAUGAAAUGUUUGACGAGCAAGUAUCCACAUACUUUUAGCCAUGUAGUGUACUACCAGACACAAAUGAGAGAACACCUCACUGACAAUUUUAGAGUCGCGCUAGCAGAGCUGGUUAGGCUGUUACAUGUUAUCUAGAGCGUUCGUGAUUAACUAAACAUUUUUUUGUCUACAUUUACUGAAACCGGUCAUAUACAGCGGGUGUUGCGUGUUCCUCAAUUCAUCAGUUAUUCUGCACUAGCAGAGUGAAUUUGCGAACGCAAGAGAUAUGCUAACUGGACAAAAGUUGUUCAAGUUCUUGCUAGCUAACCAAAUGACACCUGCAUCUCGAGCUGUGUAUAGCCACCGAAAAACAAUAUGAGGGGAAAUAUUCAGUCGCUCACCCACUCCUCUAAUGACAUGACAUCCUCCUAGCAGCUAGCUAGCUAUCUAGCUAAUGUUAGGCUCCAUGUUUUUAGCUUGAUACAUAAAUAGAUAUGCUAGCCUAUUAGCCACGUUAUGAUUGACUUGUGAUCAUUGCCCUUGCUAGUUUGAUUGUAUUGACAUUCCCAGCCUUAGUUACAUUCGUCCGUUUAUGUCCAAAAUAUUGAGUCAUUGAAACUGAAACAGUGCAUCCCGAAUGGAGGCAGCAAACAAUGUACCAGGCCAGCUGUGAUUUACAACCUGGUAGCAAUAUUUUUUGGACUACCAAGACAUGUAUUGGUGAAUUAUAUUAAUCAUGCACUGAACUGCAUCAGUCUAUUCUGCCAACAAUGCCUUAGUGUACGUCAUGGAAUGUUGAGUCAAAUAGGACCUAUUUUUAAAAUCUCUUAUAAAGUUGGUUUUGUGCCAUAAACUGGGAAUUUGAUAUUUUUGACUGAUAUUAUGUCUGUCUGUUUGUUUCAUAUCUGCAAAGUAGUUAAAAUGCUGUCAGUUCCACUUUAAUAACAAGUGUUUAGUGUGAGAGUUGAAUUGUGUCAGUUUUUACUCUAUCAUAUUUCCCAGCAUGCUCUACUGCAGUUAGAUUUUUUUGCAUUGUUUUUACUAUCUGUGUUUUUGCAUGUACAUUGAUUGAUUGAUUAAUCUUAUGCUACACAGCAAAUGUUCCAGUGUUAAAUCAACUCUGACAGUGUUAAAUGUAACACUGGGCCAGUGUCUUAACGGGUCCACACGUUUGAGUGUUAAAUUAACACUGUGCUUAGUGCUGACGCUGUUACACUUUGUCAGUGUUAGGGAAUUAACACUUUCAGUGUUAUGCAAUAACACCAUUGGUGCAAACUAUACACACUUCCUAGUGUUAAUUCCCUAACACUGACAAAGUGUAACAGCGUGGUAAUUUAACACUGGUCUGUCUGAUUAACACAACUGUAUGAAUGAGAUAUGAGCUUCAAUAAGGAGCCCAGUUAGGAGUUAAUUAGUGAGUGUAGGCUCACAUCAAAACCUGCUCGGUAGCAGGGCUGAAGGCUGUGUGGUGAAGCAGGUGUAGAUCUUAACCACUGGCUUAGGGUCACUACUCCUCCGUAUUUACUGUAAGUGUGCAUUUGAAUAAGCAGUCUGAUCUGUCUACACGUGUGAGUACACACACUCACACACAUGCACAGGCACACACGCACGCGCACACACAGACUCGCAAAGAGCUCAAAGACAGUAUGUGUGAUGAGUGGGUCAUCUUAUUAACCCACUAUGUCCUGACCUGUCUGAUUGAAUUUAAAGUUGCCACAGGGAACAGACUGAUAUGAUACGUUGACACUGUAUGGCCUCCUUACUGAGAAUCUACAUAGAGAUUGAAUGGGCUGAUGUCUCCUCUGAUGGUUUCUGUGUUCCACAGGAGUUUAAUAAUGAUGAGAAAGACGAGGACAUUGAUGCUCUGAUGUCGGCACACAGCAAGGCCACCAGCCGACGCGUGAGCAGCGCUAUGUCCACGGUAAUACCCUGUGGUAUCGCUAACACACAAUGCUCAAAACAAUUACUCUGUCAUACUCUGGCACACAGACAGACAGAGUGACAUACACACAGACAGACUGGCACACACAUCCACACACACACACACACACACAGAGAAAGAGUCCAUAAAGAGGGAUGAGUGUGAACUGUGUCAACAGGGCCAGUGGCCCCAGGGCUGAGGAACAGCAGGGCAGUGUCACAAACACAGCUCACAGCAGAGCUCACAUAUACAGUGGGGAGAACAAGUAUUUGAUACACUGCCGAUUUUGCAGGUUUUCCUACUUACAAAGCAUGUAGAGGUCUGUAAUUUUUAUCAUAGGUACACUUCAACUGUGAGAGACGGAAUCUAAAACAAAAAUCCAGAAAAUCACAUUGUAUGAUUUUUAAGUAAUUAAUUUGCAUUUUAUUGCAUGACAUAAGUAUUUGAUACAUCAGAAAAGCAGAACUUAAUAUUUGGUACAGAAACCUUUGUUUGCAAUUACAGAGAUCAUAUGUUUCCUGUAGGUCUUGACCAGGUUUGCACACACUGCAGCAGGGAUUUUGGCCCACUCCUCCAUACAGACCUUCUCCAGAUCCUUCAGGUUUCGUGGCUGUCGCUGGGCAAUACGGACUUUCAGCUCCCUCCAAAGAUUUUCUAUUGGGUUCAGGUCUGGAGACUGGCUAGGCCACUCCAGGACCUUGAGAUGCUUCUUACGGAGCCACUCCUUAGUUGCCCUGGCUGUGUGUUUCGGGUCGUUGUCAUGCUGGAAGACCCAGCCAUGACCCAUCUUCAAUGCUCUUACUAAGGGAAGGAGGUUGUUGGCCAAGAUCUCGCGAUACAUGGCCCCAUCCAUCCUCCCCUCAAUACGGUGCAGUCGUCCUGUCCCCUUUGCAGAAAAGCAUACCCAAAGAAUUAUGUUUCCACCUCCAUGCUUCACGGUUGGGAUGGUGUUCUUGGGGUUGUACUCAUCCUUCUUCUUCCUCCAAACACGGCGAGUGGAGUUUAGACCAAAAAGCUCUAUUUUUGUCUCAUCAGACCACAUGACCUUCUCCCAUUCCUCCUCUGGAUCAUCCAGAUGGUCAUUGGCAAACUUCAGACGGGCCUGGACAUGCGCUUGCUUGAGCAGGGGGACCUUGCGUGCGCUGCAGGAUUUUAAUCCAUGACGGCGUAGUGUGUUACUAAUGGUUUUCUUUGAGACUGUGGUCCCAGCUCUCUUCAGGUCAUUGACCAGGUCAUGCCGUGUAGUUCUGGGCUGAUCCCUCACCUUCCUCAUGAUCAUUGAUGCCCCACGAGGUGAGAUCUUGCAUGGAGCCCCAGACUGAGGGUGAUUGACCGUCAUCUUGAACUUCUUCCAUUUUCUAAUAAUUGCGCCAACAGUUGUUGCCUUCUCACCAAGCUGCUUGCCUAUUGUCCUGUAGCCCAUCCCAGCCUUGUGCAGGUCUACAAUUUUAUCCCUGGUGUCCUUACACAGCUCUCUGGUCUUGGCCAUUGUGGAGAGGUUGGAGUCUGUUUGAUUGAGUGUGUGGACAGGUGUCUUUUAUACAGGUAACGAGUUCAAACAGGUGCAGUUAAUACAGGUAAUGAGUGGAGAACAGGAGGGCUUCUUAAAGAAAAACUAACAGGUCUGUGAGAGCCGGAAUUCUUACUGGUUGGUAGGUGAUCAAAUACUUAUGUCAUGCAAUAAAAUGCAAAUUAAUUACUUAAAAAUCAUACAAUGUGACAGUUGAAGUGUACCUAUGAUAGACAUUACAGACCUCUACAUGCUUUGUAAGUAGGAAAACCUGCAAAAUCGGCAGUGUGUCAAAUACUUGUUCUCCCCACUGUAGAUACAGCACUUGCUAGGAGCCAGGUCCAUUAGUCUAAACUCGCAGGUUUUUUGUUAAAUACUGUAUUACAGUAUGUAUAGCAUAUGUAUGUAUGCUAUGCACUCGUAGAACCUGGGUUCACAACAUUUUAAUUUAUUUUCUCACAACACAUUUUGCCACUGGGAUAAUAAAGGGCACGAUUGGUAGAUUUUUUAAACAUACUGGCUUAAUAUACAGUACUUACAGUAUAAGAACAUACACAGCAAAUUCUUCAGUGUUAGAUCAACACUGAGAGUGUUACAUUUAACACACUGGGGUUCUUUUACACCAAUGAGUGUUAAUUUAAUACUGAAAAAUCAACGGUAGGUAACACUGGCCAAUUUGCUAUGUACUGUCAUUGCUGGCUUAUCUACGUAUUUAUGCCACUGAAACCCCCUCAGUGUUAUUCUGAGACAUUGCUAUGUUAACAAGAGACAAACACAUCCCCUGCCUGUCUGACAUUUAUGAUUUCACCCCAGACAUGACUAACAACAUUAAUUCUGACCGUGGGAUCUGCUCCCAAUAACAGCAGAGGUGGAGGCCCAUGAUUACGGAGAUUAUUCAGAUGAAUGGUGACUGGCUUCUGUGAAUCUCCCUGCUCGAAAAUAAUAUAUGAAUAGAACACAAUGUUUAAUGAUUGCUGUGUUAGGGAUGGAUAUGGGUGGAUGAGGGAAACACACACACACAAAAUAGAUAUCUACAGCAACAAUUAUUCCUAUAAUGUUCAUGUACACUAUGAGUAAUAUUCAUCAUAACUGAAGCCCAGAAAGGUUGCUCCUCAUUUUAUCCACUAAAACACAUUUACAUUUUAGUCAUUUAGCAGACGCUCUUAUCCAGAGCGACUUACAGUUAGUGAGUGCAUACAUCUUUUCAUACUGGCCCCCCAUGAGAAUCGAACCCACAACCCUGGCGUUGCAAGCGCCAUGCUCUACCAACUGAGCACCCAUUGCUCUACCCAGACCUGUUGCUUUGGUCCAAGCACCUGUGUGUAGUUGCCUUUGAUAUUUACUGGUGCUGUCAGCCUGCUUUGUCCGUCCCUGUUUAUUCAUAUUUACCCCGGAGGAGAUCUAAUCAGCUCCUACUUCAUCUGAUAAUCACCAUGGCAACCCUGCUAGAUUCUGUUUUGUGUCACAGCGUCUGGUGAUGGGGUGUCUGGGGUUUCUGCUCUUGUACUUUGGGUCUUUCCUCUUGUCUCUGUCCUCUUUACACUUUCACAAGUAUCACCUCUCUUCCCUCCUCUCUCCCUCCUUUCUCCCUACUUCUCUGUCUCCUCCUCCCCCUGCUGGCUCUGGUCUAUUCUUCCUCUGGCUGCUAGUCUUCUACUCCUGGCUCAGAGAGAAAAUGGGGCUACCUCAGUGUCCCUGGCGACUCGGACGCAGAGACUGUGAGUCCUUGCCUCCUUGUGUGUGCAUGCUUGCAUGUGUGUGCCCCACUUAUUGUGAAUAUAUUUCCACCAAGCAGUGCCGCUCUGCUCCAAUCGCUGCCACUUACUGCCUAAAUUGGUCAUUCAUCAUACUGGCUCAUUCUAUGACAUAAAUUAGAUCAUCUUUAGGAUUUUACAUUCGCCAGCCAGACCCAUCUCACAUCAAAUGACUCAAUCUGUCCAUUCUGCAUUUUUACCUUCAGAAAGACUAAAGGCUAUCCAGGCCUCCAUCUGUCUUACUCUCUUCCUGUCCUCUCCUCCUUUUCCCUCCACUUCUUUUUUAAAUGUCCCCCUGCUCUGGCUGUCCUCUUCUCUCUCCCUCAUCUGUUCUGAUUCUCUACCCCGAUCCUCUACUUCUUUGUCCUCCAUUCUGUUAUUUUCCUCUCCCAUCUCCCCCCUCCUCUAUUACACUCUUUUAAUUGUUUUGCUGUCUCCUACCCCUCACUUGCUCUCUCACUACCCAUCUCCUCUCUCUUUUCCCUCUCCUCUCUAUUCUAUCUAACCUCUCUACCCUUCUCUCGCCCCCUCUCCCCUCCUCUUCCCCCUCUCUUCUCCUCACAGAGUAGUCUGAACAGUAUGAUGAGUAUGUACAGUGAGACCGGUGACUAUGGCAACGCCAACGUGAGCGGGGAGCUGCUGUUGAACAUCAGCUACAGCUAUAAGACAGGCGCGCUCAAUGUCCUGGUGAAAGAGUGUCGCAACCUGGCCACUGGGGAUGAAAGGAAGCAACGCACAGACGCGUAAGGGCACACACGUACACACUGAAGAACCAACACUCUAAGAACAAAAAAGGUGCUAUCUAGCACCAAAAAGGGUUAUUCGGCUGUCCCCACAGGAGAAUCCUUUAAAGAACCCAUUUUGGUUCCAGGUAGAACCCUUUUGGUUCUUAGUUGUAAUGAUGUCAUGUCAUAGUAUUGUGUGGACCAGGGGAGAGUUAGUAGAUAAGUGGUUUGGUGCCACGGAGUCUGCAUUCCUUAUGUCAGAGUAGAUUACUGAUGUUGAUCUUAGAAUAAUUGAUGGACAGGAUAUAGAGACAGGGGUAAAGGGUAAUAACAUCAAAGAAUGGGAGUGCCCAUGGAGGGUUACCGGAUGUUCGUGGAGAGACUUGUAACAGAGUGUAUAUAUAGAGAGAGUGGAUCUUUGUUCUGGAGUUAGGAAGAUGGCAGAGGCAGGGCUAUGUCUGUUAUAACUAACCAUGGUACCAUAUUAAAUAUAUUAUAUAAACUCCCCAUCAAAAGUGUCUAAGUACAUCCUUACAUUCGUAAUCACUUGAUACCCUAGAAACUCAUCAUAACAUUAGUAGAACCCUUUUGGGAAUAGAGUUCUACCUGGAACCAAAAAGGGUCUUACAUGGUACCAAAAAGGGUUCUCCUAUGGGGACAGCCACAGAACCCUUUUGGAAUCCUGUUUUCUAAGAGUGUAUGCUUACUGUGCCUACAGUUUAAAGAAAUUACACAAACACACACACACACUAAAUUAUCACAUAUUCACACUUAAAAAAGAACACACCUCUAACAGCACAGUCCCUGACCGUCAGCUCAACUAGAACCAAUCUAUGACUGAAGUGUGAACUCAUCAUGAUCCACAAUGACUGUGACAGUCAUGGUAUGAUAGAAAAACCUUAGUGAAGCCCUGGGGUGAUCAUAUGGAUACAUGUCCUCCUCUGGAGUGUGGCUGAAUGACUGUGUCUUCCAUUGGCAGUUAUGUGAAGGCUUACCUUCUCCCAGACAAGUCUCGCCAGAGCAAGAGGAAGACCAGCAUCAAGACCAACACAAUCAACCCUGUGUUCAAUGAGAACCUCAGGGUAAGGGAGUGUUUGUGUGCACGUAUGAAAAGGUGUAUAGCUUGGGAGACAGUAAUAUGUAAUGAGUUUGUUUUUGUGAUCAUGAGAAUGUGUAUCAAGUUGCCUGAAGAAAGAGUGUGUGUGUCAUUAGUAGUCAGUCAGCAGGUGUUCAUAUUUAAAGAAAUGAAGCUUGCACACUAUAUGCUCCUCCCAUGUGUUUUCAUUAACCUGCACCACAAUACCUAGUGUUUCAGCCUUCGUAGCCUUCAAUAGCCUUCAUCAAGGCCCUGGUGAGCAUGUUUUAUUCCUGUAUGAGCAUCGGCAGGAAAUGUGUUUUGGUACUUAGUCCUACUCUCCAUCCGUCUCUCUCGCCUGUGCUGUGUAGUAUGUGAUCAGCCACUCCCAGUUGGAGACGCGGACACUGCAGCUGUCUGUGUGGCACCACGACCGCUUCGGUCACAACAGCUUCCUUGGGGAGGUGGAGUUGACCUUUGACUCCUGGGAGUUUGACACCAACAUGGAGGAGUGGUACUCUCUGCAGCCUAAGGUAUCCUGUGUGCAGAUGGACAAUAGCGUAUAUGUGUGGAUUUAUACUGUAUGUACUGUAUGUGUGUAAGUGGUAAAUGCUGUAAGUACAGUAUGUUUGUUCUAUGUGCAGCUGGACAGUAGUAUGGACUCCACGCAGUAUAAAGGGGAGCUGACUGUCGUUCUGAAGUACAUCCCUGCAGAGAAGAACCUCAUGCUACCCCUGGACCAAGUCCAAGGUACUCCACAAUUACCCCCUCUGUUUUACCUGCCCCCAGCCCAGCACUAACACACCUGAUUCAACUAAUUGAUUAAAGAUGUUGAUAAACGGAACCCUUUUGUCCUCUCCUCCUCUCAGUGAAGAAAGGCUUUCUGAAAGGAAAGAAGACCAGCAUCAAGCUGCCCAAAGGAGGCAUGGUGGAGUUGCUGGUCAAGGAGGCCAAGAACCUGACCGCUGUCAAGUCUGGAAGCACCUCGGACCCCUUUGUGAAAGGGUGAGACGGGUGCACCCAUUUAGUUUCAUGUAGAGACCAAUUUCUUUCAAUCAGCCUACAUUCCUAGGACCUACUAUCUACCUUCUUCCUAUUCCUCUGACAGUUUUGUAUUUCUUGUUUCCUGUCUCUGCAUCUGUUCAGGUACCUGCUCCCUGACUACAGUAAGUCCACCAAGCACAAGACGGCGGUGGUGCGUCGCACGGUCAACCCUCAGUGGAACCACACCUUUACUUACUGUGGCCUGCAGGCUGGAGACUUGAACAACGUGUGUCUGGAGCUCACCGUCUGGGAUAAGGAGGCUCUGGCCAGCAACGUCUUCAUGGGGGGAGUCCGACUCAACGGAGGGACAGGUCUGUAUGUCUUUUCUCUUCUUUUCUCCUCUCAGAAGUUUAUGGUGAUUUGUAGCAUAUUCAGUCAGCAUAACGCUGUAGGGAUAUGGAGUGUAUACAACAGAUAGUGAUUAUCUAUUGUCUCCCUACAGGCCAGAGCUAUGGGAACGAGGUGGACUGGAUGGACUCGUACGGAGAGGAACAGCGGCUAUGGCAACGCAUGAUUGACAACCCAGAGGUCCCCCAGGAGUGUACACUGUUGCUGAGGUCCAGCAUGUGCAAGCACAACACAUGA